CAGCUCUAAAGGCAGCCUUCGGGUGUCUGUCCGCAGCGUGCGCAGCCCAGGAGGGUUGAGCAAUUUUGGUUUCCUCUGAGGUUGAAGGACCCAGGCGUGCCGGCCCCGCUCCAGGCACCUUGGGCAUGGAGGAGAGUGUCGUACGGCCCUCAGUGUUUGUGGUGGAUGGACAGACUGACAUCCCAUUCACGAGGCUGGGACGAAGCCGCCGGAGACAGACGUGCAGUGUGGCCCGGGUGGGUCUGGGUCUCUUGCUGUUGCUGAUGGGGGCCGGGCUGGCCACCCAAGGCUGGUUCCUUCUGCAGCUGCACUGGCGUCUGGGAGAGAUGGUCACCCGCCUGCCUGACGGACACGGAGGCUCCUGGGAGCAGCUGAUACAAGAGCGAAGGUCUCACCAGAUCAACCCAGCAGCGCAUCUCACAGGUGCCAACUCCAGCUUGACGGGCAGCGGGGGGCCGCUGCUAUGGGAGACCCAGCUGGGCUUGGCCUUCCUGAGGGGCCUCGACUACCACAAUGGGGCCCUUGUGGCCAACAAGGCUGGCUACUACUACAUCUACUCCAAGGUGCAGCUGGGCGGUGUAGGUUGCCCGCAGGACCUGGCCAGCACCAUCACCCACGGCCUCUACAAGCGCACGCCCCGCUACCCCGAGGAGCUGGAGCUGUUGGUCAGCCAGCAGUCACCCUGCGGACGGGCCACCAGCAACUCCCGCGUCUGGUGGGACAGCAGCUUCCUCGGUGGCGUGGUGCACCUGGAGGUUGGGGAGGAGGUGGUCGUCCGCGUGCUGGAUGAGCGCCUGGUCCGACUGCGUGAUGGCACCCGGUCUUACUUCGGGGCUUUCAUGGUGUGAAGGAAGGAGCAUGGUGCAUUGGACGUGGGUCUGACACAUGGAGAACUCAGAGGGUGCUUCAGGGGAAAGAAAACUCACGAAGCAGAGGCGGGGUGCAGUGGCUCACGCCUGUAAUCCCAACACUUUGAGAGGCCUAGGCAGGCGGAUCACCUGAAGUCAGGAGUUCCAGACCAGCCUGGCCAACAUGGCAAAACCCAUGUCUACUAAAAAUACAAAAAUUAGCCGGACAUGGUGGUGCCUGCCUGUAAUCCCAGCUACGCGGGAGGCUGAGGCAGGAGAAUUUUGCUUGAACCCGGGAGGCGGAGGUUGCAGUGAGCCGAGAUCGCACCACUGCACUCCAACCUGGGCAACAGAGCGAGACUUUGCCUCAAAAAAAGAAAGAAAAAAGAAAACUCAGGAAACAGAUCUUGGAGCACAUGCUAGGGAACCCAAAACUCGAAGGCGGAGAGUUCAGUGAGCAAUACCAGGGACCAAGAACUCAGCCAUCUCGAGGGGCUGAAGACCCAGCAGGCACCUUCAGAAGACCCACGUAGACUGCAGACCCUGCCAUGGACAAUACUAAGGACAAAGACCCAGAGACUUGGGGUCUGUGGGCUCCCAAACAUUGGGUAAAGUUGAUUUGCCUGAUAUUCAGGAAGAAGGGGUGAGGGGUGGGUAUUUAUGCUUUUGAUUCAGAAGAAAGUGGGACCUGGGACUCCGGGGACUUGGCUGGGGGUGGGAAAUUUCCUCCACUUCCCUCCUCUCAUCAUGAGAACAGACAGGGUGGGCGGGAGACUGAUCAUCAGGACUCAUCAUGGAGCGUCCAGCCCACCCCACCUACAGUCAGAGUCACAUACUCAGAUCCCACCCACAGACUGGUGGCCACACCUCAGCCUGGUCACAAAGAGUUACACUCGGAUAUGUGGGCACAGCAGUGUGCUCGUAAAUGUUUAACAACUAGCUGUCCUCGGAGGGGGAUAGCUUUGUAACGUUUGCCAAUUUCCAUGGUGCAAAUGCUGACACCGUGGCUGAUGUCAUCACUGCCAAGCAUAGACAUCCCUAAGAGGACACCACAGAUCUGUCCCUGGCAUCCAGCCCAGGACCUGGCACAAAGCAGGCCCCCGGGAAAUGCUUGCUGAUUGAAAGGAAGGAAGAAAGAAUGAGAAUGACUAUACAGUCACACCUAUGGCAUCCCACGAAAUCUGUCACAUGGCUGUGUAAUCUCAGGCAUUCUUUCACAAUUAUAGACUCAUACACACGAAGUGCCAGAUUCAUGCACAACCGCACAAUCACAUGGAAGUCAUAGACGGCAUCACAGACAGUCGCAGCACUGUGUGUGUGUUAAAACACAACCACACAAAACUCAGACAGCAUCCCAGCCACACAGCCACCCACAGAGGUGUCACCGUCACACUUGGUAAUUAAUACUCAUUAGAUCAGACACAGAGAAACCAAGUUAUAGUCAGACCUGGUUACACACACAUACACACACACAACACCACAAUGGCAAACACACAUGACACACACACAUCACAAUGACAAACACACAUUAUACACACAUCACAGUGA